UAUCUCCUCUAUCCUUUGAGAGGGUACGUUGAGCUCCGUCCCGUCUUGUUUGCUCACCUACAGUUCAAUUGACGAGGCAAUUGUAGAACUACCGAAGCUCCUGUGCUACCACCAAACCAUCCAUUCCGCGGCGCCUUUGCGCGAUACGGAAGAUAUGCCGCCAGUCACGUCGUAGCAACUUUAUUGGUUUCCGUCGCCGUCGCUGCCUUUCUUAUAUAUCCCUUCCCGUUCCUAUAUACCACCGACGUUACCAACGGCGCCUCCAUCCUCCCUGAACAUGCUUGGACCGAUACACUACCUCUGGACGAUAAGAACAGAGUCGAGCCCGAUGUUAUUAUGCGGUCGAUAUGGGUCCAUGGCAAUUAUUUCGAAGCCCUCAAUAGAAACGUCUUACUCAGCGCUUUAGAGCUUCAAGAUGAACUCCUCGGUCCGACUAUCAAUUUCAAUCCGAGGCGACCGAUUGUCGACGAUCUCGACCCGAUAAAUGCUACAACUACAGACCUUACACCCACACAACGCGACGCUUAUCAUGUCGUUAAUGGCUUGACAAAUGAGUCUUGGUUCUUUCAGUCUCCACUUCAAUACUGGUUGUGCUCCGCAGAGAACAUAGAACAGGACGAUGAUAUCAUUGAAACAGCAAAUGAACGAAAAUCGCAACCAACAUCAGUCAAUGUAACACUAAGACAUUCAACUGUCUUCAGUGGGAAACGCUUCCAGGAUCGCCGACUCGUCGCUGCUGAUGCUCUCGUUAUUACACUCGUCCAUCAUCGAGACUCCCCGGUCGGUCGUAUGUGGCAAGAAAGGGUUCAAGCUCUCAAAAACAAAAUAACUGAUACUUGGGAUAUCUUUGAAUAUUCUUCGGAUGAAAGAACUAGCGAAUUAUACGAGUUUCAAUUCCGUCCCAUGUCAUCUCAAGACAUGCUUCUUUUAGGAAUAGCAUAUUCCCUUGUUCUCAUUUACUUCUUGAUCAGUCUGUCUAAGUUACGGGCCGUUAAGUCGAAAGUGGGAUUGAUGGUCACAGUUAUAGCACAGAUUUUACUCGCCAUCCUAUCGAGCUUUACUAUAUGCGCCAUACUGAAGAUCGAUCUUUCAAGAAUACCUCGCUUGGGAUAUCCGGUUGUAAUAUUUUCUAUGAGCCUUGAAAAUGUUUUUCGACUCAUCAAUGCCGUUAUCCUCACCCCUUCUGAAGACAACACGAGCAAUAGAAUCGGUCAUGCUUUUGGUGAGACAGGUCAUGUCGCACUUACUAGCGUGGCCCAAAAUCUGCUCAUCUUAUAUGGCCUGUCAAAAAUUGUUUCACCGGGUGUCUCGGCAUUUUGCACCUUCGCGGCAAUUGCAUUGAUUUUUGACUUCUUCUACCUAUCGACUUUCUUCCUCUCAGUACUGAGUGUCGACGUACGGCGGACUGAGCUUAGCGAUGCACUCGCGAAGGCAUCAAUUAGAUCCCAUCGCUCUGCUUCGGAAACACGGUCGCGUCAGACAUGGAUGGAUGCGAUGCUACAGGGUAAGAUCGCCAUGUCGACACGUAUCGCUGGCACUAUUGUCAUGGUGGGUUUUGUUCUCAUUGCUCAGUGGCACUUUUUCGAAAAUGAAAACGUAAUCAGGGCGUUAAGUCGGGCGAUCCAUAUCUCUCCCAAAUACAAGGAUCCAUCAUUAUCCUCGGCUCUAACAGAAGUUCACCAAGGUAGGAGUCCGGCAUCGUGGCUAGGCCUUCAAGACCAUGAGACAGCUCGAGAACUCAUCCAAGUCGUGAAACCCGAUGCUUAUAGCUAUAUUGCAAAGGUUUUCCAUCCUACCAUAUUUGUCCUGAAAGGGUCGGACCGAAAUCUUUCUGCCACCGAGCCGUUGUUCCCACCAGCUGUUUACGACUUUAUGCGUAAUCGAUCGGCUUCAUUUAUAACCACCGUAACUGUCAUUGCAGCAGCGGUUUGGCUAUUGAUGAACUAUCUUUUAUGGGAUGAAUUAGCAGAUUCAUCGGGAACCGGCGGCCCAGCUGGUGAACCACUCCUCUCGGUUAAGACCCUGAGUCGAGGCCAUGCACUGGAUGUUGCCUUACUUUCAGCUUGCUCGGAUGGCCAUCUCGUGUCCGUUGGCUUGGACCGGGUUGUCCGGGUCUGGGAUAUCAAAUCUGGUGGCGAUAGUUACGUGUUAGGCGAAAGCGAGGAUACUUCGAUCAUCCCAUUUCCAAUUCUAGCCAUGUGCAUCGACGAUGAAUCUCAUUGGUUGGCUCUCCUAACUUCGGAUAAAGUUAUGCUGUGGCACUUGGUUAAGCAUCGGUGGGGUCCUACGAUUAGGGCAGAGCCAGACCGACAUAAGCCAGAAGCUUUCUUCUUUGUCGCCGACGAUACUACGGCUAUCCCCCCUUUGCUACUCAUUAGGCGGGAUGGUGUCAUCACCGAGCUAAGAACAGAUCAAGCUAAACCCUCGAGUUACAUGAUUACGAAAGAGAGUACGAUUGUUUCUGUGGACUCUCUUUCGGAAAAGGGAUUCCCAGCUCAAGUCAUGGCAUCAACUCGUGAUGGUCAAGUUCGUCUUGCUACUCAAGAAGGUAUCAGCUGGACCUCGGAGGUAGUCAAUAUGGGCAGUUUGGCGGAGCGCGAGUUAAUUUCGAUCCAAGCCUUGCCAGAGUUGGGGUUCUUUUUGAUUAUACGGUCUCGAACUGUGGAUCUAGUAGAUUCACAAACUCUAAGAGCGAUUCACACCUUUCAGGUAGACCCAAUUCAACCGAAAAGCCUCAAAUGCUUUCAUUCGAGGCCACGGCGGAUGCGAUGUGGCUCGGUUGCGUUGUGGAGCUUCACAUUGGCAUAUCUCAAUGCUUACAGUCGAGACCUAGUGGUACAAACGUACAGCCCGCAAAAUGAAGGAGAGUCUCUUUGUUUCUGUGACCCGACAUCCCCCACGAGGAAAACAUGUUGUCCCUGGCAAAGGGCUAAGGUAUCGAAACGGGUUAUUAAGAAUCCCGGUUUAUGGGAUACUUUGGCCUCUGGGAUCAUGGUCGGCAUUAGAAGAAAUAUGGGCGAGAAAUCUAGAGCGGAUGGUCAUGUAGACCACCAACCCCUCCAACAGUUCAGCGGACUUCGACGUCGUCACCACUCCACACAACAAACGAACGGUCAUAUUCCCCAAGACAAUUGGGAGGUAUGGAUGUUCUCUCAUUUUGGCAAGCAAGAGACUUGGGAGACUCUUCCACUAUGCCCCAAGAUUGAAGAUGAUGGCCAUCUAUUCGUCACUAAUCUUGGGCCAAUGGUUCGAAUUGGUCGUGCUAGCUUAGCUGUUGGGCUUAGCAAUGUGAUCAAAGUUAUCAUGGUCGGCAACGAACGGUUCGAGACGGGAGACGACUCGCAACCUGGAGAUGGAAUGCCAGCAUUGAGUAGUCGCAGGCGUAAGGGACCGUCGACUCUCAGAGGCAAACCUGCCCUCCAUUGCCCUCACUGCUAAUUUUGACGAUCGCUUGUGCAUGUAUACACAUUUUUAUUAUUUUCGAAAAAUUAUCACUUAUUCGGUUGGGGUGAAACGGAUUAUUAGGUCCGGAUGAGAUUAUGGGCUUGCAUCAUGGAUAAGGUCUAACAAUCUGGCUGGUCACGGUUCUUCAAGGGUCACAUAGAAACCCGGGGCUUACAGGUAGCGGCGUUCAUUCUUCUUUUCUUCUACUGCUUGGUAUUUCUUGGUAAAUAGACACGGGUAGGGACGGCAUUGGACGGGGCUGGCUUUUAUAUGGAACGACACGAAACUAAAAAUAGGUGCGGCGGGUGGCCUUCAUACAGGGUCUUGCAAGAUAGAUAUGGGGCAAAGGGAAAGAGGAAAGCCAAGGGGGCAAAUUAUUGGUGUGCUAUCAAUGUCGAGAUACGAGACCCAGAGCUCUCACCUCUAAAUGAAAUGAAUAAAGGUUGGCGGCGCUUACUUCGAGCGUCGUCGUUGCGAGUUUUUGAUUAUAGUAAACUAGUAGAUUUUCCGGUUAUGUAUUAUGUGACUGUUAAUACGCACAAUAUCACGAAGGACGGAUAGGUACAAUAACGCAGA